AUGGCUGUUCAGUUUAGUAUUAAAACUACGUCAUUCUUCCUAGUUCUGUGUUUAACUGUGAUCCUUUUUUUUACUUUGUCAUGCUAUUCUGCUGAUCCCGACCCGCUCCAAGACUUCUGUGUUGCUGACUUGAACUCCACAAUUCGUAUGAAUGGGUUCCCAUGCAAGCCGGAGUCGCAAGUUACAUCAAAUGAUUUCUUCUUUAGCGGCUUGAUGACUGGAGCAAGCACAGAGAAUCCCUUCGGGGCUGGAUUGAAAUUUGGUGAUGUUACCGCCUUCCCUGGAUUAAACACCCAAGGACUUACGGUGAGCCGAAUCGACAUCGUACCUGGUGGAAUUAUUCCUCUUCACGUACACCCUCGAGCAAGUGAAGCUAAUUUCAUUCUAAAAGGGAGAGUCUAUUUUGGGUUAGUAAGUACAACUGAUGUUUUGUACUCAAAGGUUAUGAAAACCAAAGAGUUGUUUAUUGUACCUAGAGGACUUGUGCAUUUUGCAGUCAACGUUGGACAGAGGAACGCUGUUGUGUUAGCUAUUCUCAAUAGUCAGCUGCCCGGGUUUUCAACACUUCCUCUUAACCUCUUUGCUUCUACCCCAACAAUUCCUAAUUAUAUUUUGGCUAAGAACUUCCGGGUUGAUGAGAAGGUCAUAGCUAUCAUAAAGUCUAAGUUUGCUCCCAAUAGUUCUUUGGCUGUUUCAACUUGGGAAGAUAUAUAG